AUUGUUCAUCUCCCUCCUUAUUCAAUACAUACGCUAGCUAUAGCUAGCUCUUUAAUUGAUUAUAUCGAUCGAUCGAUCAAUCAAUGGCACCCGUCGGACUACCUCCUGGUUUCAGAUUUCAUCCCACUGAUGAAGAACUCGUCAAUUAUUAUCUCAAAAGAAAAAUUCAUGGUCAGGAAAUUGAACUUGAUAUUAUUCCUGAAGUUGAUCUCUACAAAUGUGAGCCUUGGGAAUUAGCAGAGAAAUCGUUUUUGCCCAGUAGAGAUCCAGAAUGGUACUUUUUCGGUCCGAGGGAUAGAAAAUAUCCAAACGGAUUCAGAACGAAUAGAGCAACUCGAGCAGGAUACUGGAAAUCUACUGGGAAAGAUCGGAGAGUGACGUCACAGAAUCGCGCCAUUGGGAUGAAGAAGACGUUGGUUUAUUACAGAGGAAGAGCGCCGCAGGGGAUUAGAACUGAUUGGGUAAUGCAUGAAUAUCGACUCGAUGAUAAAGAGUGUGACGAAAUCUCCAGUAUUCAGGUAGAUUCAUAUGCAUUGUGUCGUGUAUUCAAGAAAAAUGGUGUUUGUUCAGAUAUAGAAGAACUAGGACAACCAAGUAUUAAUGUACCAUCAUUUGAGUACCCAUUAACUCAAGGCAUUAACAACAACAAUAAUAUUCAUCAUGAACAAUACCAAACACCAUCUCCAGAUGUUCCAUUAGCAUCAUCAUCAUGUUGUAUUGAAGAAGAAGAAAAAGAUGAUUCAUGGAUGCAGUUUAUUACAGAAGAUGUAUGGUGUUCUUCCAACUCUUCUUUUCAACAAGGUGAAGAUAUCCCUCCACUUGCUUUCACAAAUUUAUAAACAACUCGAUCCAUCUAUCGAUGACAUAAAAUUCUUCUUACCUUAAUAAUUCAUAUUAUUUUAUUAUAAACUAUGUAACUUUUUUUUUUCUUUUCUUUACCUUGAUUAUGAACAAUGAUUUGGCUAAUUGUACUUAGGGGUUUUUUAAUUAUUUGUUUUUUUUGUGACUGGUCAUAUUAUAUAUUUAUACCUGUAUAGCCAAACAGUUUAUCUUGUGGCUUUAAGGGUUCAGAUUUUGACCUCUUUCUUUGAGGUUGCCAUGGUGUUAUACUUGUGAAAUAAAAGGGAAAUGGUUGUUAUUUA